AUCGUUGUUUUUGCUUUGGUUUUUAUCUUUAUCACAAAUUUCCGCAAUUUGCCGAAAAAAUCGUUUCGCUUUGCUGUCUAAAAAUGCAAUAAAACGCGGUAAAAAUUUUAUUCGUAGGAUUUUCACAAUACAUUUAAGAAACGCUCGUCAACAUGAGUAGUAAGGAAGAUGGAUCCGAGGACCGUAUGUAUGAGUGUCUGGAAAAAUACUUUGGUCACAAGGAGUUCAAGUCGGAAUUGCAGAAAAAAGCUGUGAAAAGUGCCGUAAAAAAGAAACGUGAUGUAUACGUUAGCAUGCCCACAGGCUCCGGCAAGUCGCUGUGCUUCCAACUUCCGGGUCUGAUGUGUGAUGGCAAAGUGACAAUUGUGUUUUCACCUUUAUUGGCUCUCAUUAAGGAUCAGAUUGACCAUUUGGGCAAGUUAAAGAUUCAAGCCGAUUCAUUGAAUUCCAAAAUGGGUGUAAAGGAACGAGAACGUGUAGUCAGUGACUUGAAAUCGGUGAAACCUAACAUUAGAUUCCUGUACAUAACACCAGAACAAGCAGCUACCCAGGGAUUCCAAGACAUAUUGGCACAUAUGGUAAAGUAUGAUAAAGUUGCCUACUUUGCUGUGGACGAAGCCCAUUGUGUUAGUCAAUGGGGCCAUGAUUUUAGACCGGAUUAUCUUAAACUGGGUCAGCUAAGAUCCAAAUAUCCUUCCAUAAUAUGGUUGGCACUAACUGCCACUGCUUCGAAACAAGUGCGUGAGGACAUAUUUAAGCAACUGCGUCUAAAUGAGCCCAUAGCGAAGUUUAUUACACCCAGUUUUCGUAAAAAUCUGUUCUACGAUGUGGUGUUCAAGAAUUCCAUAGAAGACGAUUUUCAACAUUUGGCCGGUUUUGCCAGCCAUUGUCUGGGCGACGAAGAGGAAUUCAAAAAAACUGCACCUGCCAAGCGGGGUUGUGGCAUAAUCUAUUGUCGUACCCGUGAAAAUGUUGAACGUGUUGCAAUGGGGGUGACACGACAAGGAAUCAAUGCAAUAGCUUAUCAUGCUGGACUUAAGGGUUCAGAGCGCGUAGAAGCCCAGGAGAAAUGGAUGUCUGGCGAAAGUCCCAUUAUCGUGGCCACCAACAGUUUUGGCAUGGGUGUGGACAAACCAUCUGUGCGAUUUGUUAUACACUGGGAUGUGCCACAGAAUGUUGCUGCCUAUUAUCAGGAAUCUGGUCGCGCUGGUCGUGAUGGCAAGAAAUCGUAUUGUCGCUUAUAUUAUGGUCGAGAGGAUGCCCGUUCCAUCCGUUUUCUUUUGCAAAAUGACAUAAAUCGAUCGCGUUCGUCCACAUGCUCGGGUAAACAAGAAAUGGCUGAGAGAGCAAUGAAGAACUUCGAUGAUAUCGUUUCCUUCUGUGAAAUGAUGCAGUGCAGGCAUAAAUUAUUUUCGGAUUAUUUUGGGGAUCCAACACCUGAGUGUGAAGACAGAUGUGAUGUGUGCAAGAAUCCAAAGAAAAUGGAGAAGGCAUUGCUAACAUUUCAACGUCUAUGCAUGGACAGUGUCUUUAAGACGGGUAUAUCAUUAGAGGAUAGUUCGGAUUUGUAUGAAGGUGGUCGCGCUGCCAUAAAAAGAGCUGCUGAUGACUACGAAGACGAUGAUAGUGAAGGCUCUGGUGGUGUAAGCCAUGCCAAAUUGGCAAAGAAAGCUAAGAAAGAAACUGAGGAUUUCAUUCGCAAACAAUUUCAAUUGCGAAAAUGUUUGGAUGCGGCCCGUGAAUUGGAACAAGAAGCAGGCACAGAAAUUACUCGAGUACACCAGGCACAGGCAACUACAACUAAGGUUGCCGGCUUAAAGAUAUCAAUGCGUGAAAACUAUUUAACUGCACUUGUUGAAGCGCUCAAAAAUAACGUGAAAGAAAGCGAGGAAGAUAAACCUAAAAGUUAUCUAGUUCAAAAGGAUUUUGAAGCGAUUGCAGCUGAUAUAGAAUAUGAAUGUUUUUCCAAACAGAAGGUUGCCAACAUGUAUCGGCAUGCUGUGGCCAAAGAGUUGUCCACAAUCAAACAAUUAACUUCUAAGAAACGAUUAAUGCCAGUGCUCAUGGAUUAUGUGCCGAAACCGGAGAAGAAGAAAAGCGUUUGGAACGGUGGUAGUGUAGAGUAUUUCGAACGUAAACUAAAAGAAUUAGAAGAACAAAAACCCAAAUCUAACGAUAAGAAAGAGAUUCCUAAGGCCCUGAGAGCUCCAAAAAGCUAUAAACAUGAGUCAGAAAAACAAACAACUAUUGGUUCAUUUUUCACAAAAAGUAAAAGUAAAUCGGGAGAUGAAGAAAGUGAAACAUCACUCUCAUCCAUAUCCGAUGAUAAAGAAAUGGAGGAAAAGUUAGACAUUAACAAAAUCAAAGAAGAAUGGUCCGAUGUGGAGAGUAGCGAUGCUAGUUUGGAUAAUAAAUUGUCGAUAAAGAGCGAAAACAAAAAUGCGGAUGUAAAACAAGAAAGCAAUGAAGACAAUUUAGAAAAUCUCAUUUCUAAAGAACAAAAGCUGAAACAAGAAAUUGAAAAAUUGGAAAAGGAAGAAUUGGAAGCUAUUAGCAGUGGUGAUAGCAUUGAUCAAUACGACACAAAGGAAAAUAAUGAUUACAACUCCAGUUCAAAAAGUUCGAAUUCACAGUCGUACGAUGCUCAUAAGUAUGGUACACACGUUAAAUCGAAAAGAACUUCACACUAUAAUCGAAAUUCUAGAGAUAAAUACCAGAGUCACAUUAUUUACAAAACAAAUGAAAAAAAUAACGACAAUAUGGCAGAGCAAGAAGAGGAUGAAGAUGAAAAUGACGAGACAAAUGCGGACGACGAUGAUAAUAACGGCAAUAUACAUCCAGUGACGAAGGAAAUUGAGAAAAUCCUAAGUGCCAGUGAAAAGAAAACAUUAGAAGCUGCAAUCUCAAGUAAAGAAAAAUCUAAGGAGAGAUCAUCGAAAUCUGAAACCAAGUCCUCUUCAUCAACUUCAACAACAUCUGCUGACAAGUCGAAAUCAUCAGAACAAAGCUCAACAUCACAGAAAGUCGCAUUAAAACCAAUUCCAAGUUCAUCAUCUUCCCGCUCACAUUCAUCAUCAAAUGUUUCUUCAAGUUCCUCGGCAACAAAAUCUCAAUCACAAAUUCAUCAACGAGAAUCAUCCAGUACGACGAAAACACUUGCCACAACUUCAUCAUCGACAAAAUCAUCACAGAGUGAUCGUCAUCAGGUAUACAAACAAAAGACCGAUGUUAGCAAAACUGUUGUCGACUACUUAAAUCCAUAUUAUAAACGUAAAAUUGCUACCAAAGAAUUGUUUAAGGUCCUUGCCAAACGCAUUACAACUCGGGUUAUUGAUGGUAAAUUGGCUGUUGGCGACUGCAAAGGAUAUAUUCGUGACACCUUUCAUAAACUGAAUAUGAUUGCCGAAGAUUCUGAUAUUGAUAAACAUUUUCCAGUGGCGUAAACUUAAUGAACACUGGCAUCAUCACUAUCACCAUCUAUCCUCUUCCAUAUGUUUUGAAUUUUUUAUUAUUAUUAUCUCCCAUGUUUUUCUGUUUUAAGAAUUUUAUCUUUUUAGUCGUAAAUGUUGUAUUUUUACCAUAUUAGAUAUAUACGCUCAUGUGUUGUAUACGCAACGAUCGGCUCCACGAUAAAAACUUCUACUUUUAGUUGUUAAGAGAAUUCGUUACUGGUUUUUCAAAGUUUUUAAACUAUUUUUAUUGAUGUUAUAUUCACUUCUACAAUCCUUUAACUAUUUUGAAUAUGCAAUACAAUACCAUAUUAUAAAAAAAAAACUUCGUAUGCAAAUAUUGGUAUUGUAACUAAAUGAAGUGCUUAUACAUUUAAUUAUCGUACACACAAUAGUAUACACCAACUAUGUUUUACAUAAUGUACAUUUCAAAAAAUAUAUAUUUUAAUAAAAGCAUAUUUUCAUAUAUGUGCAUGUCGUCGCAA